CUUCUUCUUUCUUCUCUUUGUCUUCUCUUUCUCCCACAGUUCUUUUUAAGGAACACUCUACUUUCCUCUAAUUACACGCAAAGUCCCCACAUUUACUCCAUAUUUACAUACAUACAGAGAGUUUCAUUUCAGUGAGUAAACCCUUUGAAGGUUUUCUUUGAUGGAGACAAUCUUCUCAGGUAUUCAGUUAAGAGUUCCUCCUUCAUCAACUAAGAAUAGUAAUGGAAGUAUAUUGCUUACUCACCCACAAUUGUCUCUGGGUUAUAAUUUAAACCCUAAAAGAACGACACUUAAAUUAUCAAAAGCAUUGGAAAAAGAUGAUGGUUUUAUUAGUAAUAAAGGGUUUAAGAGAUUUGGUAUCGGUAAUGGUUCUUCUACUUCUACUUCAAGGCGUUCUUCUUCUUUUGUUGUUAGAUGUGAAGCUCCUAAAGAUGGAAAGAUUACCCAGCAAGAAUUUACAGAGAUGGCAUGGCAAGCUAUUGUUUCGUCGCCGGAAGUGGCAAAAGACAGCAAACAUCAAAUUGUAGAGACUGAGCAUUUGAUGAAAGCCCUACUGGAGCAGAAAAAUGGCCUGGCUCGACGCAUAUUUGCCAAGGUGGGAGUUGAUAAUACCCGCCUUCUGGAAGCUACUGAUAAAUUCAUCCAACGGCAACCAAAGGUUUUUGGUGAAUCAGCUGGUUCUAUGUUAGGGAGGGAUUUGGAAGCUCUCAUUCAGCGAUCCAGGGACUACAAGAAAGAGUACAAUGAUUCCUUUGUAUCAGUUGAACAUUUGUUACUUGGUUAUGUACAAGAUCAACGUUUUGGGAAACAAUUGUUUAAGGAUUUCCAGAUUUCGCUCAAGAGUCUGAAAUCUGCAAUUGAAGCUAUAAGGGGUAGCCAGAAGGUUAUGGACCAAGAUCCCGAAGGGAAGUAUGAAGCCUUAGAGAAGUAUGGAAAAGAUUUGACAGCUAUGGCACGGGCGGGAAAGCUUGAUCCAGUCAUAGGAAGAGAUGAUGAGAUACGCAGAUGCAUACAGAUCCUAUCAAGGAGAACUAAGAAUAAUCCUGUUCUUAUUGGUGAACCCGGUGUUGGGAAAACUGCAAUAUCAGAAGGGCUUGCCCAAAGAAUUGUGCAAGGAGAUGUUCCUCAAGCUCUUAUGAACCGCAAGUUGGUUUCGCUUGACAUGGGUGCACUAAUAGCUGGUGCAAAAUUUCGUGGAGAAUUUGAGGAUAGAUUGAAAGCUGUACUCAGAGAAGUAACUGAAUCAGACGGCCAGACAGUGCUGUUCAUUGAUGAGAUCCACACAGUCGUUGGUGCAGGUGCCACGAAUGGUGCCAUGGAUGCAGGGAAUUUGUUGAAGCCUAUGCUUGGCCGUGGAGAACUGCGAUGCAUAGGUGCAACAACACUCGAUGAAUAUCGCAAAUAUAUUGAAAAAGAUCCUGCCUUGGAACGUCGCUUCCAGCAAGUUUAUGUUGAUCAACCUACAGUUGAAGAUACGAUAUCUAUAUUACGAGGGCUGCGUGAAAGGUACGAGCUACAUCACGGUGUCCGGAUAUCUGACAAUGCACUUGUUGAGGCUGCCAUUCUGUCUGAUCGCUACAUCAGUGGACGUUUUUUGCCGGAUAAAGCUAUUGACCUAGUUGACGAGGCAGCAGCUAAACUGAAAAUGGAAAUUACUUCCAAACCUACUGCCCUAGAUGAGAUCAAUCGGACCGUGUUAAAGUUGGAAAUGGAACGCCUCUCUCUUGUUAAUGACACAGACAAAGCAUCAAAAGACAGAUUAAGUCGUCUUGAUACCGAGCUAUCUAUCUUAAAAGAGAAACAAACUGAACUGACUGAGCAGUGGGAGCAUGAAAAAAAUGUCAUGACACGUAUUCAAUCCAUUAAAGAGGAGGUUGACAGGGUUAAUCUGGAGAUUCAGCAAGCAGAGAGAGAGUAUGACCUCAAUCGUGCUGCUGAGUUGAAGUAUGGAAGUCUCAAUGCUUUGCAACGCCAGCUUGAAGUUGCUGAGCAAGAGUUGAGUGAAUAUCUUAAAUCAGGGAAAUCCAUGUUGAGGGAAGAGGUUGCCGGAAGUGACAUUGCUGAAAUAGUUAGUAAAUGGACUGGAAUUCCUGUUUCAAAGCUGCAGCAGUCGGAGAGACAAAAACUAUUACAUCUAGAGGAAGAGUUGCAUAAACGUGUUGUUGGUCAAGACCCAGCCGUGCGAGCAGUAGCUGAGGCCAUCCAACGGUCUCGAGCAGGUCUUUCAGAUCCUCACCGCCCCAUUGCCAGUUUCAUGUUCAUGGGUCCUACUGGUGUGGGCAAGACGGAGCUAGCUAAAACCCUUUCUUCCUACAUGUUCAACACUGAAGAGUCCCUCGUCAGAAUUGACAUGAGUGAGUACAUGGAGAAACAUUCGGUCUCAAGAUUGAUAGGAGCACCACCUGGCUACGUUGGGUAUGAAGAGGGUGGGCAGCUCACAGAGACAGUACGAAGGAGGCCCUAUGCUGUAAUCCUGUUUGACGAAAUUGAGAAGGCUCAUUCUGACGUGUUCAACGUAUUCCUUCAGAUUUUGGAUGAUGGAAGGGUCACCGACUCACAAGGUCGAACCAUAAACUUCAACAACACUGUCAUUAUUAUGACUUCAAACGUGGGGUCGCAGUACUUGCUCAACACAGAUGAUGAAACUUCGUCAAAGGGUUCUGCAUACGAAACCAUUAAGCAAAGGGUGAUGGAUGCUGCCAGGUCUGUCUUCCGUCCUGAAUUCAUGAACCGUGUGGAUGAGUACAUAGUCUUCCAGCCCCUUGACCGCGAGCAGAUCAACAGUAUUGUGAAAUUACAGUUGGAACGAGUACAGAAGAGAAUUGCAGAUCGAAAGAUGAAAAUCAAGGUAGCAGAAGCUGCAGUACAACUUUUAGGAAGUCUUGGGUAUGACCCCAGCUAUGGAGCCAGACCAGUGAAGCGAGUAAUCCAACAAAACGUGGAGACCGAGCUUGCCAAGGGUAUCUUGAGGGGAGAUUUCAAAGACGAAGACACAAUCUUAAUAGACACGGAAGUUUCUGUCUCAAAUGGCCAAUUGCCUCAACAGAAGCUUAUCUUUAGAAGAGUAGACUCCUCUGACUCAACCGUAUCUUCACCGGACGACCACAAAUCGUUCUCUGAAGCUGUAUAAUUUCAUUACUGAACCAUAUGCUCUCUCUCUAGGAACAUAUAAAUAAAAGUCUGUCACAAGGUACAGUAGGUUUCUAGUUUGUACACAGUUUACUUUUACUUUCUUGUAGAAACAAUAGCAGAUUCGUUUCAGUAAGAAUUUAAUGGUUUUAUAGAAGCAUGGUGUGUCAUUUUGUUCCAA